AUUAUUUUCUUCUUUAUCUACCAUUUUCCCUAUCUACCCCUGUUCUUCUCCUUCCUCAAGUCGGGAAUCUUAUAUAUACAAAGCCCCACAAAAGGUUAUAUUUUGUCUGUCUAUCUCUCUGUCUUCGCUGUUUAGAUGUGAAUAUCUCAAUCUCUGCAAAUCACCCACCCUCCUCUUUCAUGGCUAAUUAUUGAGCCUGUUGCAGAUAGUUUAUUCCAUCGCUGAGUUUAUUUUCGCAUCUGGGGAACAAAUAUGCCUGGAAUUGUUAUGGAAGGGGUCAAUGAAGAAGGAGUAGUAAACGAAUUGAAUGGGAAUUCUCUAGCUGGUAAAGAAAAUUCAGAAUCAUGCAAGUCUCCCCAAAGCACUUCUUGUCCUCAUAGCCCUCAAAGUGCAGGCCCUCGUCACCCUGAUGCAGUGGUGGAGCCAUCUAUUGAGCAGCUGUAUGAGAAUGUGUGCGACAUGCAGAGUUCUGAUCAAUCACCGUCGAGGCAUAGCUUUGGCUCUGAUGGUGAAGAGUCUAGGAUUGAUUCAGAAUUGCAUCACCUUGUGGGAGGAGAAAGGAGGGAGGUGGAGAUAAUGGAAGAGGAAGUGGGGGAAAAACCUGUGGAUGAUAGUCAAAGCAAUUCCUUGUCAAACAAAGGAAAUUCGUCUGUUGGUAAGAAGUCAGGGAACUUGGACGAUACCAGAUCUGCAGAUACGAAAUCCAUUUCUUCAGGACGCUCAAAGAAGGCUGCCCAGUUGCAGGUGGAGUCUGAAAUAUCAUCAAAGUCGAGUCCGAAGGGGAAAAGUCCUCCAGACAAACCUCCCAUUAAUAACCGGAAUGAUAAAAAUUUGAGAAAAUCAAACACUGGGAUUGGUUCAUUGAAGAAACGAAGAAAUCCUCCUUUGGGAGCUCUUAAAUCACAGAACGGAACAGAUGAUUUAGAUAAUCCAGAUCUUGGCCCAUUUUUACUUAAGCAAGCAAGGGAUUUGAUUUCGUCUGGGGAUAAUGCUCAAAAGGCUCUUGAGUUAGCUCUUCGAGCAGUUAAGUCAUUUGAAAUUUGUGCAAACGGAAAACCCAGUUUAGAAUUGGUCAUGUGUUUGCAUGUUACAGCAGCAAUAUACUGUAGCUUAGGUCAGUACAAUGAGGCUAUUCCAGUUCUUCAGCACUCACUUGAGAUUCCUGUGAUUGAGGAUGGCCAAGAGCAUACCCUUGCCAAAUUCGCUGGACAUAUGCAAUUGGGUGAUACCUAUGCAAUGUUGGGCCACCUUGAGAAUUCAAUAAUGUGUUACACAACAGGACUAGAAAUCCAGAAACAAGCUCUUGGAGAAAUGGAUCCUAGGGUUGGUGAGACCUGUAGAUAUUUAGCAGAAGCUCAGGUGCAGGCUUUGCAUUUUGAUGAGGCUGAGAAGCUCUGUCAGAUGGCACUUGACAUUCAUAGAGCGAAUGAUUCACCCACUUCCCUUGAAGAGGCAGCAGAUCGAAGGCUCAUGGGUCUUAUAUGUGAAACAAAGGGAGAUCACGAGGGUGCUCUUGAACAUCUUGUUUCUGCCAGCAUGGCCAUGGUCGCUAAUGGUCAGGAAUCGGAAGUGGCCUCUGUUGAUUCCAGCAUCGGGGACACAUACUUAUCUUUGUCUCGCUAUGACGAGGCUAUUUUUGCUUAUCAGAAAGCACUCACGUCUUUUAAGACCGCCAAAGGAGAGCAUCAUCCAACCGUUGGGUCAGUAUUUAUUCGUUUGGCUGAUUUAUAUAACAAAACAGGGAAAGUAAAGGAUGCAAAGUCAUACUGUGAAAAUGCUAUUCGAAUUUAUGAAAAGCCCAUGCCUGGGAUCCCUCCAGAGGAGAUUGCAAGUGGUCUUACUGAUAUUGCAGCUAUCUAUGAAUCAAUGAAUGAACUUGAGCUGGCAAUAGGAAUGCUGCAGAAGGCACUGAAGAUAUAUAAUGAUGCACCUGGUCAGCAAAGCACAAUUGCUGGAAUUGAAGCCCAAAUGGGUGUCUUGUACUACAUGCUGGGGAAUUACUCUGAAUCUUAUAGUUCCUUUAAUAGUGCAAUUUCAAAGCUCCGUGCAGGGGGUGAAAAAAAAUCUGCCUUUUUUGGCAUUGCUCUUAACCAAAUGGGGCUUGCUUGCGUACAGCGUUAUGCAAUAAGUGAGGCCGUAGCAUUGUUCGAAGAAGCCAGGAGUAUUUUGGAGCAAGAGUACGGACCAUAUCACCCUGACACUCUUGGGGUAUACAGCAAUCUUGCUGGAACCUAUGAUGCAAUUGGCAGGCUGGAUGAUGCAAUUGAAAUCUUGGAGUAUGUUGUUGGGAUGAGGGAAGAGAAGCUAGGGACAGCAAAUCCUGAAGUUGAUGACGAAAAAAGAAGGUUGGCCGAGUUAUUGAAAGAAACAGGGAGAGUUCGAAGCCGAAGGGCCAGAUCACUAGAGACCCUCCUUGACGCUAAUUCUCAUGGUGUAAACAGCAAUGGCACUAAGGUAUAAUAAGGUAUUCAUACACAUUUCAAGAUAAAAAAGUGGUGUAUCAUAGGACUCACUGAAAAGGAAAGAAUGCUACGAUGAAAGCAAUAGCUAUUUAUCAUGUUGAUUUAUUUUUUUUCACCUUUUGGGGCUGGGGAUUUGGCUAGGUCUUGGGUUGAUUGAAUUAAAUAACUGCAUUUUGGGGAUUUGAUUGUACCAUUAAUUUAUAUGAUUCUAAUGUUAAUGUUCAUAUUAUUUUGUGAAGAUGUUUUAAGUUCGUUUCUGGAUCCUGUGAUGACAGUAGUAUCAUUUACAUAACAAUUGUCCAGGAGGUUUA